AUGACCGUGUCCGAGCCCGACCAUCGUAUCGGUGCAGUUCGCGACCGUCACUCUAGAAGCUGCACCGCCCCUAUGUAUGACAAGAUCCGCCAGUUGGCAGUUAUUGAACGCGACAAUGCACUUAGCGCACAUAACUGGUCCUUUCAAUUUGGACCAUAUCGCUCAGACAAUGCCGAGGCCGUGGCCCUGAUUUUCAACCAAAAUGAAAUCGGAUCUUGUCGAUUGAUGUGUUCGUUGGACUAA